AGAAAAAUUAAAAAAAUAAUAAGAGCUAUCUUCUUCUCUGGUCUUGCUACCGAUCCAAAGCUUUGUUGACCCAAUUAGGUCGUUAGCAGCAUCAAAAUGUUAUCUCCCAUGGCAAUGGUGCCUUCUUCCUCUGAAGAGUACGAUGUAUUUCUAAGUUUCAGAGGCGUUGACACACGCUAUAACUUUACCAGCCAUCUCGAUAAAGCCCUCCGCCUGAGAGGAAUCAAGUCCUUCAUCGACGACGAACUCCAUCGAGGGGACAAUAUCACUGCGCUUUUCCCCAUAAUCAAGCAAUCCAAGAUUGCAAUCAUCGUCUUCUCCGAAAACUACUCCAACUCCAGGUGGUGUCUCCGAGAGCUUGUGGAGAUCCUCGAGUGCAGGGACAGAAACCAACAGGUGGUGCUCCCUAUCUUCUACAAAGUCGACAAAUCAGAGUUGAAGAAGGUCCUGAGAGAGAGCUUUAGGGAGGAGGAGAAGAUUUCGUCGUGGGAAGCUGCACUGACCACAGCAUUCAACAUCUCCGGCUAUGUAGUCAAUGAAUCUAGCACCUCUGAGGCCACACUUGUGGAUGAGAUUGCUGUUGACACAUUAAAGAAGCUGGAUGGCUUGGCUCCCAUCGGGAACAACGAAGGUCUCGUGGGAGUAGAAUCCAGACUAAAGAUUCUAGAAAAACUUUUAUCUUGCGAUGAGUUGGAUUCUGUUCAUAUCAUAGGCAUUAUUGGAAUGGGUGGGAUUGGUAAAACUACUCUUGCUGAUUGUUUGUAUAGACGGAUGCGACGUCAUUUCGACGGCAGCUGCUUUCUUACAAACAUCCGUGAGAAUUCAAGUAGAAAUGGGUUAGAAUCUCUGCUGCAGAAACUCUUCUCUACGUUACUGAAUGAUAGAGAGAUAGAGAUUGGAGCUCCUGGAAAUGCACAUGAGAGAUUUGGCCGCAGGCUUAAGACCAAGAGGCUUCUUAUUGUCCUUGAUGAUGUCAGUGAUGAAAAGCAGAUACGGUAUCUUAUGGGGCACUCCAAAUGGUGUCAAGGGGGAAGUAGGAUCAUCAUAACCACAAGAGACAGUAAGCUGAUCCAAGGCCGGAAAUAUGUGCUCCCUAAAUUGAAUGAUAGAGAAGCUUUGAAGCUCUUUAGCAUGAAAGCCUUUAAUAAAUCUUGCCCUUCCGCCGAGUUUGAGAGCUUGGCAAAUAUGGUCCUGGACUAUGCUAAAGGCAACCCUUUGGCUCUUAAGAUGUUAGGAUCUGAUCUUUACAAUAGGGAUGCUCUGUACUGGGAAGAUAAAUUGGAUAAACUGACAAGUAGAUCGCAUAAAUAUAUCUACGAAGUUCUGGAAACAAGCUAUGAGGAGCUUACCACUGAGCAGAAGAAUGUUUUUCUGGAUAUUGCAUGUUUCUUCAGAUCAGAGAAGGUUGAUUACGUGAAAAGCCUUCUCAACAAUCAUGGUGUGGAUGUGUCUAGAGUGAUAGAUGAUCUACUUGACAAAUGUCUGAUUACUCUUUCUGGUAACCGCAUCGAGAUGCAUGACAUGUUACAGACUAUGGGCAAGGAGAUUAGCCUAUAUCAGUCGCAUAUCAGACUAUUGGACAGUGACGCUAUUUGUGACCGUCUUACCAACGGCAUAGUAAUGGGAACUGGCAAUAUAAGAGGCAUUUUCCUGGACACAUCAAAACUAGGAGCAAUGCGUCUAAGGGCCAAAGCUUUCAAAGGAAUGUACAACCUCAAAUACCUGAAAAUUUAUGAUUCUCGUUGUUCUCGUGGAUGUGAAUCGGAGGUUAAACUGCACUUCCGGGAAGGGCUUGACUUCCUUCCUAAUGGGCUUAAGUAUCUACACUGGCAUGGAUACCCGCUACAGAGUAUCCCUGACAUCGACCUCAAGAACCUUGUAGACCUUAAAUUGCCACAUAGUAAACUAGAAGAAAUAUGGGAUGGAGACAAGGAUGCAGGAAUGCUGAAAUGGGUCGACCUUAGUCACUCUGUGAACUUAUGCCGUUGUUUAGGUUUGGCUAAUGCUCAAAAUCUUGAGAGAUUGAAUUUAGAAGGAUGUUCAAAUUUGAAAAAGUUGCCAUCAUCGAUGAAAUGUUUGGAGAAGCUUGUUUACCUAAAUCUCAAGGAGUGCACAAGCCUUAAGUCUCUUCCAAAAGGACUCAAAUCUCAAUCUUUGGAAACCCUUAUUCUCAGUGGCUGCUCCAGCUUCAGGAAAUUCCCAAUGAUCUCCGAAAAUGUUGAAGUUCUACUUUUAGAUGGCACAGUUAUAAAGAAACUUCCCGAAUCCAUCCAAAGCCUGAGGAAACUUGGUUUGCUGAAUCUGAAGAACUGCAGAAAACUGAAGCAUCUUUCUUCUGAUCUUCAUAAGCUGAAAUGUCUACAAGAGCUCAUACUCUCAGGCUGCUCACAGCUAGAGGUUUUUCCAGAAAUCGAGGAAGACAUGGAAUCUUUGGAGAUUUUACUUCUGGAUGAUACAGCCAUCUCUGAGAUGCCAAAUAUGAUGCAUUUGAGCAAUAUCAAGACAUUUUCGUUGUGUGGGACAGACAGUCAGCUCUCUGUUAGUAUGUUUUUCUCGCCACCUCCGUUGGUCUGCUCUCGGCUAACAGAUCUUUAUCUCUCAAGUUGCAGUCUGUACGAACUCCCAGAAGAUAUUGGCGGCCUUUCUUUUCUGCAGUAUUUAUGCUUAAGCGGAAACGGCAUCGAAUAUCUUCCUCAGAGCUUCAACCAGCUUCACAAUCUGAAAUGGUUCGAUUUAAAGUAUUGCAAAAUGCUCAAGACUCUACCAACCCUUCCAGAAAGCCUGCAAUAUCUGGAUGCACACGAGUGUGAGUCACUCGAAUCUCUGGCAAACCCAUUGACGCCUUUGACGGUAGGAGAGAGGAUCAAUUCUAUGUUCAUCUUUAGCAACUGUUACAAACUAAACCAAGACACACAAGAGACUCUUGUGGGUCAUGGUCGAAUCAAAAGUCAGUUGAUGGCUAAUGCAUCUGUUAAACGUUAUUAUCUGGGAUUUAUCCCAGAGCCUCUGGUUGGAAUCUGUUUUCCGGCGAGUGAAAUACCGAACUGGUUCUGCUACCAAAGACUAGGACGUUCACUAGAAAUCACAUUGCCUCCGCAUUGGUGUGACUCUAGUUUUGUUGGACUUGCCUUCUCUGUAGUUAUCUCGUUCACAGACUAUGAAGACAGUGCUAAACGUUUCUCGGUAAAGUGCUCUGGCAAAUUCGAGAACCAAGACAGUUCAUCUACAGUAUUUGAUUUCACUCUCGCAGGCUGGAACGAACCGUGUAAAACGCUUAGCCAUGAACCAAGAAAACUCACUUCUGACCAUGUUUUCAUGGGAUACAACAGUUUUUUCCACGUCGAGCAACUCCAUGAAGAGAGUAACAGUUGCUGUCACACAAAGGCUUCUUUCGAAUUCUAUGCGACGGAUAAUGAAACGAAGAAGAAGCUGGAGACUUGUAAGGUGAUAAAAUGUGGGAUGAGUUUAGUGUAUGUUCCUGAUGAUGAGGAUGGUAUGUUGUUGAAGAAGACAAAUGUUGCUCAGUUGAGUUCGCAGACCGAACAAAGCUGUUCCAACGGUCUUGAUGAUGUUAGACUCAAGAGAGGACGAUGCAAUUUCGGUGGUGGUGGUGGUGGUGGUGAUGAAGAAUCAGAGUGUAAGAAAACAAAGGAGGACAAGAUUUUGGUGUUAUAAAAAUCUAUAUUUUUAUUUGAUAUAUAUAUGUUUAUUAAUUAAAUGUUAGAAAUUAUAAAUAUCAGUGUCCCCUAUGUUCUAUCGGCAAUAAUUUAGAUUCAGCAAUUUUUUAAUAAUGAAAAAUAUUUGGCUUUCUAAUA